AGAGAGCAGACAAGGGAAUAAGACUGCAAAAGAAGAGGUGUGCGAGAGAGUGUAGAUACGCAAGAAUUGGAGACUGGAAAUAAAGAGCGGAGGAGGUCUCUCUGUGUGUAUAUAGCAGCAGUAGCAGUUCCUCGGUUUCUCUUUCUUUCAUAUAUGAUUUACCCUCCACUGCCACCAUCGGUCAUGGGCACCAAGAGAACCCACUGAAGCAAAAACUAUGAUCAUGAAACACCCUCUGCACCCAGCACUAUCAAAAAGCAUAAUCAUCUCUCCCAGUCAAAACCUUCCUUCCCUUAAAUUUACCUCUCUUAACUCCACAUUUCUCUCAACCAGAUUUCUCACCUCCCCAUAACCAUGAAACUCCCUUUUCUUUUCUUUCUACUUGCUUUCUUCUUCUACUUGUUCGAACCUCCUCUUCUAGUCUUCUCUGAUACGGCCCUGCCUCCCCCCCUCCAAUCUCUUCUCUCCAUUAAGACCUUCCUCAAAGACCCUUCCAAUACCUUCCAUGAUUGGAACUUUCCCAACACAAGUGGCUUAAUCCAAGAACCAGUCUGGUGCUCGUGGUCCGGCAUCAAGUGCAACCCAGCCACUGCUCAAAUCACAUCUCUCGAUCUCUCUCACCGGAAUCUUUCUGGUGCAAUCCCUGCUGAGAUUAGAUACUUGACGAGCUUGGUUCACUUGAAUUUGAGUGGAAAUACUUUUGAUGGGCUUCUUCAACCUGCCAUUUUUGAACUGAGUGACCUUAGGAUUCUUGACAUCAGCCACAACAACUUCAAUUCAACAUUCCCACCUGGGAUUUCCAAGCUCAAGUUCUUGAGAGUCUUCAAUGCAUACAGCAACAACUUCACUGGUCCAUUGCCUAAAGAAUUCGUCUGGCUGCGCUACCUGGAGGAGCUCAACCUUGGUGGGAGCUACUUCACGGGAGAGAUUCCAAGGAGUUAUGGAAGUUUCCUCAGAUUGAAGUACCUGCACUUAGCUGGGAAUGAAUUGGAAGGACCAUUGCCACCCGACUUAGGAUUCUUGAGUCAGCUCGAGCACCUGGAGCUUGGCUACCAUCCACUCCUAUCAGGCAAUGUACCAGAAGAAUUUGCUUUGUUGACUAAUCUCAAGUACCUAGAUAUCUCGAAGUGUAAUCUAUCAGGCAGUCUCCCACCACAACUUGGAAAUCUUACCAAACUCGAGAAUUUGCUCCUUUUCAUGAACCGGUUUACUGGUGAAAUCCCGGUGAGCUACACAAAUCUGAAAGCUCUAAAAGCACUUGAUUUAUCCGUUAAUCAGCUUUCAGGGGCAAUUCCAGAUGGGUUAUCUUCCUUGAAAGAGCUAAACAGGUUGAGCUUGCUGAAAAAUCAGCUCACUGGCGAAAUACCACCGGGAAUUGGCGAGCUACCAUACCUUGACACGUUAGAGCUCUGGAACAACAACCUAAGCGGAGUUCUUCCGCAAAAGCUUGGAUCCAAUGGGAAUCUACUAUGGCUGGACGUCUCAAACAACUCGCUCUCCGGCCCAAUUCCUCCAAAUCUAUGUCAAGGAAACAAGCUUUACAAGCUGAUUCUGUUCUCCAACAAGUUUCUCGGUAAAUUACCAGAUUCUCUAGCAAACUGCACCUCUUUGUCCAGGUUCCGAAUUCAAGACAACCAGCUCAACGGCUCAAUCCCUUAUGGAUUAGGGCUCCUGCCUAAUCUUUCCUAUGUGGAUUUAAGCAAGAAUAACUUCACAGGUGAAAUUCCUGACGAUCUUGGCAAUUCAGAACCACUUCAUUUCUUGAACAUCUCUGAUAACUCCUUCCACACUGCUUUACCAAGCAAUAUAUGGAGCGCGCCAAAUCUUCAGAUUUUUUCAGCCAGUUCAUGCAAGCUCGUGAGCAAAAUACCAGAUUUUAUCGGUUGCAGCAGUCUGUAUAGGAUAGAAUUGCAAGACAACAUGUUCAAUGGCAGCAUUCCAUGGGAUGUUGGCCAUUGCGAGAGGCUCAUUUCUCUUAAUUUAAGCCGCAAUUCUCUUACUGGUAUUAUUCCGUGGGAGAUUUCUACACUUCCUGCUAUCGCUGAUGUCGAUUUGUCCCAUAAUUUACUCACCGGUUCCAUUCCUUCAAAUUUUGGUAACUGUUCUACGUUGGAGAGUUUUAAUGUGUCCUAUAAUUUGUUAACUGGACCCAUUCCUGCAUCGGGUACAAUAUUUCCAAAUUUGCAUCCGUCUUCCUUUUCGGGCAAUCAAGGAUUAUGCGGUGGCGUUUUGCCAAAGCCUUGUGCUGCGGAUACUUUGGGAGCUGGAGAAAUGGAGGUCCGCCAUAGACAGCAGCCCAAAAGGACUGCUGGGGCUAUAGUGUGGAUUAUGGCGGCUGCUUUUGGUAUUGGAUUGUUUGUGCUUGUUGCUGGGACUAGGUGUUUCCAUGCUAACUAUGGCCGCAGAUUUAGUGAUGAACGAGAGAUCGGACCGUGGAAAUUAACUGCCUUUCAACGGCUGAAUUUCACGGCUGAUGAUGUGCUCGAGUGUCUAUCAAUAUCGGACAAGAUCUUAGGGAUGGGGUCAACGGGGACGGUCUAUAAGGCGGAAAUGCCAGGUGGCGAGAUCAUAGCGGUGAAGAAACUGUGGGGCAAGCAUAAGGAGAACAUCAGGAGGAGGAGAGGGGUACUAGCCGAGGUGGAUGUUUUAGGUAACGUGAGGCAUAGGAAUAUAGUGAGAUUGCUAGGAUGUUGCAGUAAUAGGGAGUGUACAAUGUUGCUGUACGAGUACAUGCCUAAUGGGAACUUACAUGAUUUGCUGCAUGGGAAAAAUAAGGCAGACAAUUUGGUGGGUGAUUGGCUUACAAGGUACAAGAUUGCACUGGGAGUGGCACAGGGGAUUUGCUAUUUGCAUCAUGAUUGUGAUCCUGUGAUUGUGCACCGAGAUCUUAAGCCUAGUAAUAUAUUAUUGGACGGUGAGAUGGAGGCUAGAGUGGCAGAUUUUGGGGUGGCAAAGCUGAUCCAAAGUGAUGAAUCCAUGUCAGUCAUUGCUGGGUCUUAUGGCUACAUUGCGCCAGAGUAUGCUUACACACUGCAAGUUGAUGAGAAGAGUGAUAUUUAUAGUUAUGGGGUGGUGUUAAUGGAGAUUAUAAGCGGCAAGAGGUCGGUCGAUGCUGAGUUUGGGGAUGGUAAUAGCAUUGUUGAUUGGGUAAAGUCGAAGAUAAAGGCUAAGGACGGGGUAAAUGACAUUUUAGACAAGGAUGCUGGGGCAUCAAUUGCAUCUGUGAGGGAAGAAAUGAUGCAAAUGCUUAGAAUUGCUUUGUUGUGCACCAGCCGGAAUCCUGCGGACCGACCGUCAAUGAGGGAUGUCGUGUUGAUGCUGCAAGAAGCAAAGCCCAAGAGGAAACUGCCUGGAAGUAUAGUUAGUGUUGGUAGUGGUGACCACAUUGUUACUGUUGAUGGGGCUACUGCACAAAAGCCUGCAGUUGAAUGUUGAUAUAAAUUAAUUUUACUGGUUUUUUCUUUUUCUUUUUUUUUCCUAAUGUUAUUUUUCAAAUGGUGGGGAUUGGUAUAGGAGAAGUGAUUUUUCUUUAUUUAUUUUCAAUGGAGUGUUCUUGUUAUAAUCUCUUUAAUGUUGGGUUAUGACUUUUUGUUGUUUGAUACUUAUAAUUAAGUUGGAGUGUUAAUGGUUGUUCGUAUGGAAA